AGAUGAUUGUUCGAAAGAUCAAUUUUUCAUUGGAAUUUUGACUCUGCCACUAGCCAGUCGCAUCACAACAUCAUUCGCGGCUAAGACUCUUCUACCAUAUAACCAAGAAUGGUUCUCGUUGUUAUUUCCCCGCAGCAAGUAGUGGUUCUACCACGUCGCAACAACUUGUGCUUGCAAAGCGUCAAACGAGUUGUGACGUCACCAUGGCCGUCUUCGUCCUCGAAUGCAGGGCUUUCUGCUGGCUCUAGGGCUUCAGGACAACAUCCUAGUGCGCCUUCUGUAAUGAGACGAACGCUGACAACGUUGCAACGGCCUUGCCAGCGGAAGAACUCGGUCCUGAGCGAGGACCGCAUGCGACCUGUCGGCGUAGCACUUGGCGUCAAUGUAUCAAGGUGUCCUCCACCUAGAGCACACAUUCAUGGUUUUCCCGAAAGCGACUUUCAGUUAGCGUCCUCGACUCCUUCAACAACGUGCUCUACCUCUUCAUCUUCAUCAUCUACAAGUCGAAUCUUCCCAGCACCGGUCCCUGAUCCCGCGGAAAGGAGGCUGAUAGAGUUGUCGGACCGGCUUGCGGCAGGACCUCCUGCCGUGACGAUGGAUUCCAUCAUCGACAGUCUAGGUAGUGCCGCCUCACAAGGGCUCGAGCGUUUGAAGGAAUCCACUCCAUUCGCAAAGGCAGCUGAAGCUGCUUCAACCGUGAAAGACGGUGGCGCGUUUCUGAAGGAUGCCGCGAACCCCUACGUCCCGCAGCUAACGAAACAAGAAUUUACGUCACGGUGCAAUACUAUAUCAAUGAGUUGUGGUGUAUGAGAGGAAAAUUCGCACUCAGCCCGUGACGGUCUGCCCUGAGGCUAAGGGGAUCUUUCUUUGAAGGUCUCGUAGACUGGAGCUUGCUGUCGGUCCUGCAGUCGUCCGGCGCCACCUCGGGACGCGCAAAACCCUGAGCCCUGAUCUUCCUCUCUGUGUCUUUCUGUCUUGCUCUGCCUUGCUUGUUCUGAUCUACUUCUUUUUUUCUCGCCUUUGCCAUGGUUCUGAGAGAUUUGGCUUCAUGUGUGGCUUCACUUGAGAGAUUAUCUAGUCCCGCAACGAAUUUGAACCGUAACAAGUGCAGAAGGAGAGCUUUUUUUUUGGAGAGGAUUGGGACAGGAGCAGGAGAGCAACCAGCACGAAGAUGCUGGAGCUCCUUCUAACGGCAAGGACUCCGCGCAAGACGUUAUGAUGAGACUUAAGUAGAGCACGCCUACAGUAGAACUAUACAAGAUUUUUUGAAUAACUGGAAGAAUCUGCUGCAGUUACAGAAGCACAGACAAAAAUGCCCGAGACGAUUCAGCUUGUUCCAUCCGCGAUCCCGCGGAUCGUCCGCUGGUUGUGCGAUAAGGAUAAGCUGACUGACAUGGAUAUGUGCAUGAAAUUGCAGGAGCUCGUUGGGAAAGCUACGAGCGCUGCGAGUUUGCGCCAGAAGGAUGCGCAGCUGGAGCUUGCAGAUGGACGCUUCCAGACUUCGAAAUACACCUGUAUAGUUUUUUACUUUUUUACUUUGUCUUUCAUUUUUGACAUUUUAGCAGGCGUGGCCCACUCUAGUUUCUAGGUUUACCUCCUACCAGAAGAAAGACUCUUACAAGUGUACAGUUUGAACUCCCCACUUCUCGACCUGCGUGCGGAGGUAAGUCGUGAAGCACCUUCUUAUCACACCUCCACACUCUCCCAACAUGCGGCAGCAGGCUGCUGCUGCUGUCAAGGUAGCCACCUUAUCUCACGACUUGUUCAACUCAUCAGGUUACAUGAAUUGCGACGGAGAGUUGAUGUCACCCAUUUUGAGCUUCUGGCUUCAGCUGCCGAAAGGCCAGCUUUGCAUCACGAUCAACGAGAACCCCAAGUCUCUGCAUAAUUUCAUCGAGUUGCUCGGUCUGCGUCUCACGGCAGCCGUACUGAUUCGCUACAUUUAGAGUUGUUUAGGAGUAGUGCUGUAACUGUAUCUGGGUGGCAGACUGCUUGUGUAAUUAAGGAUGUCAGAUAAAGUUGAAUCUCCUUCAAUCUCAGACAAAAUGGAGGUCGAUGACGUUGUUGAACCUGGUACAGAGUCCAACGAUGACAAGAUGGAAGUUGACUUUGAUGCCAACGCAUCGCUUGCACAUGCCAACCCCCAACCAUCUCAGCUUGCGAAAACGCACUCCAAGCCGGCCCGCGUGACCAACUACUCCAUUUUGCUCGAUAUGCAGAACAAUGCGGAGAACACGAAGGUGGGAACAGAUGGCGCUCGCCGCUACUGGCAGGCCACGAUCCAGCAGCACAUCCAGAACAAAGCCAUGGGCGCUGCGCUGGGCCUCAACAUGUUCAACCCGAACCAGAACGAUGUCGGCUUGUUGGCUUUGACCAAUGGCGAUAACGGCGCUGGCAUGCGUGGUGGUGGCGGGCCGCUGAUGCUCUGCGAUGUACUUAUCUUUGCUCAUUCCUGCUGAGGUUUAGACUUUCAGUUGAUAAUGGAUAAAGAGGGAAGCAAGACAACUACUACGUGCUAGCAACUUUCAAAAGUUUCUAAAACUCUUAACGUGUGACUCCCCCCAGAGGCUUGGCGUAGAUCUCCACGUAGCUACUUUCAGGAUUCAGCUCUUUCAAAAGAUCUCCUUAUCUCCAUUCAAAUCCAUCUCACUCCAAUCUUUGGCCAUCUUCUAUGCGCAAACAACUCUUCUCCAGGGAAACGCCAACGGUGCCAGCAGCAGCAGCUCCUCCAGUUCCACUCGUGCCACCUCUUCCCGUGCAACCUCCUCCCGCUCCACUACCGUCACCACCAACGCCUCGACGAAGCGAGCCAACACUUCCUCCGCCAAGGCCAGCGCACCAGCACCCAAGCGCUCCAAGAAGUAGGUGGGCUUCAGUCUCGAGGCGGUGACGAUGAUGAGAGCUCACGGGCAGGGUUCUGAUUGGAGGGCUGAUUUAGGUCGGGGUGUAGCGUAGUCAUCUUAAACAAGAAGAUGUUAAUCCCAGAACAUUUGAGAUCUAGCCAACACAUGAAAACUACCCGAUAAUCAGACCUUUCGCCAUUUGUGUCCUUUUCUCGUAAUACUUUGAACUGUUAGGCCCUUUCUCUAUCAAUUUAGUUGUUAUUUUUAUCUAUCUUCGUCAUAGUCUAACUUUCGGUGGAGUAGAAGCCAUCGUCUGACGCGGUAUCGAUUUCGUGGAGUCCCCAUGUUGUUGUACUUGCUUGGUUCGGAUGAUGUGCUACUUUGUUGUAUGCGAGACAGGCUGGCGCUUUCACUUUCAGGAGAGAGGGGGGAGAAGAUUCGGGCGGGCCUCUCAUAGACAGCAGCCUCAUCUAGUGGUAAGUGAUAGGGAGUAGUUACUUCCAUGCAUGUGCAUCUGACGAGCUAUUUCUUCUGGAUGGUGUUGUUGAAGAACUUACGCGUUCACGUGAUGAGCAGUAGACCCUUCGAGUUGAAUCAAGUAGAUUCCUGCACCUGAUAAGCCGUCCACGAAAGCAAUAGACUUGAACCUGGCACAGCAUCCAUCACGUCUUUCGGUUCUUCAAGAUUUAUUUUUUUUCGUUCGACUACAACGUCUUGCAUCUGCACUCCUUUCUUUCGAGGUUGCCACUUCUUGUGGAGUGAAUUACUUUUCUUUGUGUGGCACUGUUGACACGAUGGAGCUCUAUCACAGCAACUAAACUUGAGACUUGCACCCCUUCACACGCGCGCGGAACUGUGGCGAAUCGCCGUCAUCUUGUUUUCGAGAAAGCAUCCCAAAGACGACGUGGCGCACUCGGUUUGUUUUUUGUGCGAGAGCUCUCUGCUGAUUAGUUCUCCAGAUGGUCGGGCACGUUGAUGUGUAGUCAAGGGGGUGUAGUUACAGAUGUCGAAGAAGACGCUGGCACGCUUGCAGGGAGCUACCAGGCUCACUGAUGUGCUUCCGGAUGAGAGAGCUUUCAAGAACAACUGGCCGACAAGAUCGCACCCCAGGCUGAUCGAAUGGCUAGACCUUGCGGAGCCGAUGUACGGCGGGACGCUUAUCCUCGAGGGUGACAGCUUAGACUGCGUCUGUGAGCCGGAUGAUAUCUUAUGAGAGGAUGUUCCCAUCUGUCAUAAAGUAGGAGCAAGACGUGCAAAAUGACCGUGGUCAUUUUUGUUUCUUAAAAAAUGACCGCGGUCACUUUUUCAAGUUGUGUCUAUCUCCUAGUCGUGACUCUUCUGAAUAUAGUAGGUUGUUCUACUUUUUCCCGCCUUAAAUCUGUGUGGUAGCCCCGCUUUCAUCUGUCUAUCUGCUGCUGCUUUUCCUUACCGACAACCACAAGUCUCCAAGCGCCAAGUUUGCGAAAAUGAUCAAGAAGCUGGGGGCGUCGUGGGUCACACCAUCGGAGCGUGAGACGGUGCUGUUAGAAAUCGAGAAGAUCGUCGGCAGAAGGCCGGCUGGCAUCUCGAGAGAGGCCCAGCAAAGCGACGAACUGGUACUAGAUGUGGAUUUGAAUCUUGUGGCUCCAUCCUCUGGAUCUUCGUCGGCUGAGCAAAGGGUUGCUCUUCUGUGAUAUAGCUUCAUCAUGUGACACUUUUAUUGGACUCAGUUUAACAGCGAGAAGGUCACCGCUGCCCACUUUCCACCUCCAGGCACUCAUCUCCAAGCACUUCUACGCGGCGAUGAUGUGGAAAUUUUUCGUCAGAGGAAUCUGGGAGAGACCGAAGGGUUUUGCGAACAAAGCGAAGCUUACUGGCGUUGUUGGAGCUCAAGUAGAUGAGUCCACCAAAGGGUCGAAGCCGCGAAGGGGACUACAAGUACCCCGUCCAUCUUUUCUGAAUUCGCCUUCUUGUGCUGGCAUGGUUCGAUGCGCAUGUCUACAGCUCGCCGUAGCACCUAGUUGCCUGCUGCUACUUGAAAGGCACACUAUGAGCAUCUGCUUGCAUGUGGGAGCUCCUUCAUAGGAGUAGCACUCGACUGAGUAACUUACAUCUCUUGGCGUCAUAGUAGGAAGGAGCUCCCGCCAUCUUCUGAUCUAAUCCCCAAUACGAUACUCGCUGCAGUUUUUGUUCGGGAAUGUCAACUCGUGCGGUACGCCCCAGGAUCCGCUUUUCUUGGUUUGUCCCUUGCAGACGGUUCCUCCUCAUGGGCCACAACAAUUCGAAAAAGCGCGACAAGCUGCAGUUUUUCACUUCACCAUGCUCGAGAAGUUUGUUGGGCCUGAGUUUGUGCACGGCAUCUUAUCGGACUGGGACGCGUUGGUCAUCGAUUCUUACCCCACGGAGGACAACUUUCCCCGGAACGUGUACGUUAUUCUCACCGACCAACUAGAAAGCGAGAUGCGGUGCGGUCUCAUUCUCCAGAAGAAUGCUAUGGUCGUGCAGUUCUUUGGCGUGUUUCACAGGUUGAGCAACCACCUCAACAAGUUGAAGAUCUGGACGGAGUUGAGGACUUCGGUUAAUAGUUUCGUGCGUGGCCCCUUUUCGAAGAGGGCCAACAUGCAAGAUUGGCGUACAGCACGGAGCAGGAUCUUGUCCGAUUUCAAGCGCAACGGAACUCUGCCGGAGAAUUGGCAACGCAUCAAGAGUUCGGGGAAGAGGGGCGAGUCGAUGGAGGCCAUUCUGUCAAAAAGUACUAGAUUUUCUAGAUUAUAGCAAAAUGGUCCUCAGCUGAUGUUGCGUCUCGAGUCUCCAUCUUCCCCUUCUUUUGGAUCUUGGCAAGACACUUGAGAGCGCCUUCAUUUGGAGGCCUCUUUCAGGUCGCUUGUCAGAUGCUCUGUCAUCGAGAUCCUCGGGGAGAGUUCGCAUCCGACUCUGUGAUGCUUGUCAGGUGGAUUGUCGUAGUGAUUGUCAUCAGAAAAGAAGCUUACUUCUUGGAAGGUUUCUACUUGUUUCAAAGUACAGACUACUCAUCUCCCUUCUUAUGACCCUUCUCUUCAGCAUGUAAUCCGGAGGAAGCGGAUAACUCGAGGUGGUUUGGUGCUAGGCUCUUGGCGAAAUGGGUAUUGGAGUACGGUGCGCACGCUGAGGCGAUUGCUGCUCGUGUGUUGACCCUCAAGAAGGGCGAGGAAGCUAACUCGGCACUAGAUGUCUCUGCAGAUCUUCUCGGCGAAGAUGAUUCAGAGCCCGCACUUCCGCCUGCGCCUUUCAUAGAGGAAAUCGGCGACCUGGGUGGUGGUAGUAAUCCUGCUUCUCCUAUGAGAAUAAAGAAAGAGAGAUCAAAAAUCAACAACAUCGUCAUCCCUGACAACCCGUCGUUCUAUGCCAAGGGGUUGCUCGAGAACCUGACGCGCAUAUCUGUCGAAGACUGCAACGCACAGAUCAAGACCAGUGAAGGGCUAUACGACUACUAUCGCAUAGUCAUGAAACUGGAGACGCAACCUCCAGGCAAGUUGCUCGAUGAGCCGUUGAAGCUCGGCAGCACCCUCGUCUUCGCUUCCACCACGGUGCCGACAGUACCUGAGUUUUACCGCAUGAGGUCUAGCAACAUCGUGUCGAUCUUCCAGCUGAUGUUGUUCCCGGCUCUGAGCGGCCUCGACACGAAUGAGGACUGGCGUGAGUUCACCACCUUGAUGACGGGUGGGCUCAUGAGGCACUGGGCAUACGAGAUGUGGGAUCCGCAGUUUAACAUCUACGCGUGCAAGUUCCCACAUCCGCGAGGCGCAAUGGAGUACGGUCACUUCGCUAGCGCGACAAGAGUCACUAGAACAUCACGCGGGCAAGUGCAGACUUUCCUUGAGAACUGCUACAUCCACAACAAAGUGAAUCUUUCGCAGAAGUUGAUCGACUUCAUCCAAGGCGGCAGGACCUACAGCGAGUUCUUUUCGGAAAACCACUGGGCCAGUGAGAAUAGGACCGAGCGCUCGCGUGGUGAUCUGUCAACUGAUCGUGGAAUUCUUGCUCGUAGACUGCAGUGGGCUAGUCGUGUCAAAUAUGACGAAAUAGCGCUUGCCAUAGCCAGCAAAGACAAGGUGGAGGCCCGAGAUACGAGAGUGAUGAGCGAGUACAUCGAGCGGGCUAAGGGUUGCGAUCCGGAAGACAUCAAAACGAAGCUGCAGCAGUUUGAGUCGACAGCAACGAACGCAAGAAGUCUUCCCCAAGUAGUGAAUGACUUAACUGAGCUGGCGUCAUCUUCUUUUCCACGAACAUCGCCGAACUACCACAAGGUGCAGAACUUGUUGAAGGAGUUCUCCCAAGGCAUGAAGGGCACCACAUGGGCUGACUAUUCUGGAGAUGCCAUGGUCGUAGCUGCAGCCAGUCAGGACCUUGCAGCAGGCUUCACGCCGAUCGAUGUGCAGGCGCGUUGGCGUGAGGCGCAACUAAUCUCCGAGAGUCUGAGCCUCGUUUUUCGAAAUUUGCUCGACGACCCACUCGUUGCAGUCUGCGAUAAGUCUGGAAUGGCAGUCCACAUCUUCGUUAUCCAUCUUGGUGUUUAUCUUGGGCUAGAACUGACAUGCAGACUAGAUGGCGGCUGCGAACUGCUACCGAAGAGCCACAAGGACAUCAGACUUGUGGUCGGCUUCUUCACGGAGAUGGUCAUUAGCCUCGGCCCGGAUGAGAUCACCUACAAGAAGGGCUAUGUAGUGCAGCCAGGUGGAGAUGACAUUCAUCUCGAGGAGGAGAUGGCCGCUUUCAUCGGACAGCUCACUAACAGCGAGCUUCGGAAAUCGCUCGACUACCGCGACGUGGAGGUUGAAACGGAUCAACAUGAAGACCGCGAGGCCCUUCUGCAGAUGUUGGGAGAGGAGCUGGUAGAACGCCGCAAGGAUCGCGACUGCGCCGUCGGAGAUGGAGCCGCAGAACGUAAGCGCCGCAAUGAGUACUACACGAAGAAGCUGGACCCGGGAGAGUUCAACCCGGCUCGCAAGAAGCGCCGCUGCAGCAUGGAUGCGGGUAUGAUCGACCAUGAUGAUGAAGACCUCCUCGGGGAUGGAGCAGCAUACCAGCUGCUGUCGCCUCCUCCAAAAGAGAAGCAGCCGGAGAAUCCGCUCCGUCAGCAGAGGCUUAACAAGGGACGCGAACCAAUGGAGACAUGGUCGGCAAAAUGUCCCUACUGCAAGAAGGACUUUGUGGAGAUCGAUGUCUUCACUAACAGGUCCAAAGCGAGAGCAGUCAAGAAGGCGAAAAUCACGUACUGCAAAAUAGUAGAGCAACCGAAGGGGGGCGUCAACCCCUGCAAGGACCUGCAGGGGACGGUGCAGGAGCACUGGGACUCCUUUUGGAGCCACAAGUACGAGCAGAGCCACAAAUGUGCUCGUAUGGGAGCUGGUCCCCAUCAGCUUACCUUCAAGAAAAAGAAGUAGAUGACAGACGUUUGCCAUCGUUUUUGCAUAGCUGAAAAAUGAACAUCUUCACCUCUUAGAUAUAUUGCACAGAGUUUCGCCUUAUAGCUGAGAAAUGGCGCUCAUGCUAGCUCUUCCUCCUUACCCAACAAGAUCAUAGCGCCCCCAUUAUCAUCCGGCUCCACAUUAGUGUCGUCCUUCUGGGCAGUCCACUUGACUAGUAGUCAUAUAAAGCACGCAGUAGUUUGGCGGGUUAGUAGCUCGCCAGGAGUAGUCGUUUCUGCAACAUCUCACCUUCUCCCAUGAAUUGCGAAUGUAAGAUUAAGCUCCCGCCUUUCCUCGCGGCAGCAACUGAGUACAUCACGCAUCUUUUCCGUCUACAUGAAUGAAGUGUCUUAUGGAUCACGCUACAGCAUAAGAAAGUGAACAACUGAGCAACUUGCUCCAUCAGAAUAACAGAAGACUGAGACCUCUACCCCCGAUUAGUUUUAGAUUACCUGGCUGCCGAUUCGUCUGGUUCUUUUAUCGUGAGUCUGCUCGAUUUCGAUGCCUUUGGCAAUGUUGGGGAUUUUCGUUUCAGAGGACUUGGUGGGUCCACUUCUUGGCCCUCCAUGACAGGCGGCCCCAGGCUGGCUGCGUCAAAGCUCUGGGUCAGAGAGUCUGGCGCAGCUGUGGUCUCGUUGUCGACAUUCAGGGGCAGAAGCCCCCUGCUCACCAACCAGGAGCUUAGCGCGUUUGGUAUGCCAGUGCCGUCAUAAACCCAAAAGUACUCGUCCGCCCAUGAGGGUGCCUUGGGCUUUGCUGCUGAUGGAAAUGGCGGGUAGACUGUGAAGUACUUCGGUGCGGCAGGACUGGAGUGGUGAUUAGGGGUUUGGGGUGGUAAGGUCGGGCCAUCCUUUCAAGGAGAGACUUUUGUGCAUGUCAGUCUUGGCGCUGUGCCUGGUCUAAUAAGGUUCCCGCCAGUGUUUUAUGAGAUGCUUUGCUAUAGUUAAGCAGAUAAGUACCCGGCGCCCUCCACUGCAUAACCGUGGGCGAGCAUCUCUUCGAAUGGGAUCAGAUACGUUCCCCAGAGGUCUGCGUUGGACGUCGCUGCGUCUCGUCGAACAUGAAAAGCGAAGGCUGCAGCGUCUUCUGAUGCAAAUCGCUUCCCGCUCUUCCUGUGGUUUUGUUCAAUGGGGGGGGCUUUAGCUUGUCGCCGUGGUGUUGUUCUUGCUGCCCAGGGAGCUCAAGGCUACCUUCGGGGAACUCUUCGCGUUGCGAUGGUUGAUGGGUCGGGGAAGGUCGUCCAGUAACAUCAAAAAAGUAAGCAGUCUAGUAAAGUCUAGGCUAUACCUGACUAGAAGGCACUGUAAGCCAUACACUCCCUUGCCACUGGAGGUCUUCCGCUUCAGCGUCCGCUCCUGCAGCGGAUACAAGUGCUGUUUAUCUUGUGUCUGCAGCAACAGGUCGGCAGGUGUGAACUCCUCGAGUGGUUCGCGAGUGAUGAUGCCUUUCUCAGUGCAAGCUGAGACGAAGGCCCCACGAAGUGCGUACUCGGUGUACUGGUUUGGGGAGGUUGCGGCUGACAGAGUGAGGGACGUCAGGCUCGCGGUGCUCGCUGAGUUGUACUGCUGGUGGAGCUUCGUAAGCAGUUGCUCGGGGGUAAACCAGUAGGCGGCAUCUUGAAGGUCGAGCCUAGCGUAGUCGAUGUUCCUGUUGCAGUGCAGCAGGAAGAUUCGGGGGUUCGUGCUGUUGUAUCCCAGAAUGUGCAGGCCGUGGUAGGGUUCUGCGUUCUCCUUCAAACGAUGGCGCAGCUUGCGCAACCACGCUCCGCCUUGUGUAGCGCUUACCUUUAGCUGGAUCGGCAGCCAGCCUCGGUCAUUGGUUAGGUUUUUUGGUUUAAUAGCAAAAUCAGCUGAGACUUCGUUACAUUUUUGAAUAAUAAACUUGUCAUCGAGAAUCGAACUCACCUGGCGACCGAGUUCGGCCUCAAUCUUACGAGGAUUAUCUCCCAUGUUCGUUGCGGGACCUAACUAAGUGAAGCCACACAUGAAGAUGAGCGAAAUCGGUGAGGAGAUGACUCUUGAUUGAAUGAAGACAGAAGCUGAUCCAGCAGUCUUGAAAGUGCUUCCUUCUGCUUUGCUUCUUUGUGGUGUGAUCCCUCUUUGCUCUCUUUUGUGUGCUUCUUUGGCUUGCUUUUUCUUCCUUCUGACUCCUUUAUCCUUGCUUGCCUUGCCUCUCUUUGAUGCCUCUGCGUCUCUCUCUCCUUCUCCUUGUCCAUUGACGUGCUUCCUCCUGGCCUUCGAAGUAGACCCUUCUGCGCACGCUUGGUGCGUUCCGAGGUGGCGCCGGACGACUGCAGGACCGACAGCAAGCUCCAGUCUACGAGACCUUCAAAGAAAGAUCCCCUUAGCCUCAGGGCAGACCGUCACGGGCUGAGUGCGAAUUUUCCUCUCAUAUGGUGCUGCUGUAGAUUUAACUUUUCGUCUGUGUGUGUGCAAUAAAAACUUUAAGUUUUUUGUCGUUCUUAAGUCGGCGCUCCAGCAAAGAAAGUUUUCUGGCUUGUUCUGGUAAAAGAAACCAACCCCCAAAAAAUUUAGCAACUUGGAAUUCCUUCCGCUUCCAUCGAGCUUUCAUUUUCUUCUACCAGCGUUUAGUAGCCGUCCUGAUGGAGGGAGAUAUGUGGACAUUUGACAGAUUCCUGGCCUACAAUCAAACGAUGCGGGACCUUUUACCUCUACUUUUGGAUAGCUGGGAGAGGAGAAAACAGCAAGGGUUGACUGGUCCAGUACCUCCGAAUGAGCGGCUAGAAGACCUGACCCAAGUUGAUUUAUGAUGCGGAAGAUGCGCUGUUCGAUAUUGAUCUCAGCACUUGCUCAUGAUCAUCAUGUGUCUAUAACUUCGUGUUUCCGCACCCUCAUGGGCAGUUCUUCGAUGGCCUUUCCGUUUGCUUCUCAUCAUCAAUCUGUCAUGAGCAUGUCCGCCCUCUCCCUCUCCGCCUCUUCUCUCUGAUUUUCCCUCUUUCAUACUACAAGAAUAUUCUCGUGCUGAAAGCAAUGACACCGCGGGAGCGUCAGUCCAACUGCCAGCUAGCCUUUUCACAGGAGGCCCUUCGGCUGAUAGCUGAGAAAGCAGAUUGUUCCGUGCCUAGGGUGAUUCAGGUACCAAUGUCUUUCCUAAAAAGGCCGAAGCAGCAAGCCCGUGCGUGUGCGUCCUCCGGAACCACAACCAGCCAAAGUAAAGCCAGGCGCCCGCGGGCUGUUCCUGCAGAAUAUGUCAUGAGCGGGGCGUCUUCCGGCUACGGUCGCGCGCCUGGUCCGGACCAUUUGGAUGCGAGAACGAUGGCAGGCGGCCCGCCCAUCGUUGGCCCGCCGCCAAAGUGAAGGCAUGGGGGCGGAGGGGGUGCGCGUGUUGUCUAUCCAAAACGGGGCGAGCCUCCAACUUUGGCGGACCUCCUCGGGAACCAACAGCCCAGAGGGCAAAAGGCCACAGGCGCCGCGCGCGGGGGCAGUUGGAAUUUCACACGCAGCGGCGCCAGCCACCUGCAAACCGGGAGAAAAGCCCGCGCCGGUCGGGCGGCACGGAAAGCAAAGACAGAGCCACCCCAAAGCCCCCAGAGCCUCCCCCGCUGAGCCGAAGGGAGUUGCUGACUAUGUGAGGGCAAAAAAUUCACUCAAAGAAAGACCCUCAGCCUCAAAAAUGUGGCGCGACUCUCAACCAUUAAGAGAGGCUGCAGCUUGGCCCAAGGCUUGCCAUUCUCUCCAUUAGUACAUCGCGACGCCCUCGGGGGUCAGCGCUUCGGGUGCAGCCGGUGGGGCACUGUAGUCAAGUCCCGGCGCUCAAAGGUGCGGCGGGAAAGGCGCACGCAGGGGCAGCCGGUCGCUGUGCGUCAAUUGGUGCGGGAAUAACUCAGGAGAAGGGCCGCGGAGGGCUGUCACGCAGGAGACGGGGAGAAGGAUCGCCGUGGGCUUGCAUUGUCUUGGGGCUGACCCUGACACAGCCGCGCAGGGCCUGGCGGUCCGGUGGAGGGCGUACGCAGUAAGUUAGGGCUUCUGCUGCUGCUGCUGCUGCUGCUAUGUGUGUAUCGGCUGCGCCGCGGGUGGAGAUCAGGAAGGAGCCCCGCCCCGCUUUUUGCUAUGGCUGGGUGGGCUUCUUCGUUGAUUCGUUUGCGCGUGGGUCCAAAGUGUUGCCAACUCACCUAUCAAAUCGCUGGGGGCGGGCCUUUUCGCCUUGUGGACCAAUUUGCAACAAGCCAGACACCUGACGCGUUGAGGAAUAUCCAUGACGUUUCUGGAGAGACAGGCGCGGGCGCAUAUUUGCGAAAUACGGAAACAGAGCCGGGGCCGCCAUAUUGUGACCAUGUGAAAGAUUACACCGCAAAGCGCUCCGCCAGCUUUUUGGUCGGCGGCUUGUAGCAGAAACAGACGAGGCGACCACGAUCGUGGUCCGACGUAGUUCAAACGGCUGCGCUCGCGUCUGCUGCUUUGCAAAGUAAAAAAGCUCAGCGAUGUGGAGGGAAGUAAGGCGGACGCCUGGGACUUCCACGGGGAAAUGUAUAAAAGUACGCCCUGGCCUGGGAACACCAAAGCAGAGACGCGCACUCCCUGCAGAACUUCGCAGGUAUCUCGGAACGCAUGCAGCCGCCUCCUGUCGUCAACUUAAUGGCGUGGAGUGACAACGAGCGACGUGCUAGCUUCUCGGUACUGCUUGAGGGUGGUGAGAGCGUGGGCACACCUUGGCGAAAGUAUCUCGCUACGUACUGCGUACCAUGAAGGUGGUGGCGCCGUCUGCGACUCAUAUCGGCGUGCCAUGGUAAACGCUUCGCCGGCGUCAGCUAGGCGCGCGGUUUCUAAGGCGGAAAGCGAACCGCCCGCCGGGGGCGUUAGCGUGCGAGGGGACGGGUGGGGGGGGGUGGGAGCAGCUUCGCGAAAGGGUAAGCAGGGGCGCCACCAUGUUCAAAAGCGCAGCCUGGCUACCGUUUUGCAAAAGUAAGCGCCGCGGACUUCGGGGCCAGACUGGGGCGGGGGGGGCGCGGUCUGCUUCUUAGUGUGAAGAUGGGCAUAGACUGCAAGCGCCGCGAGGUGAAUGCGCUGCAGCUACGCCGGCCUUGUCUAUUAUCUUCUUUUUAGGUAAAAGUAAAGAGCUAGUGGGGUGGCUAGAUUUGCCACAUUGGAGGACUGCUUAGACCGAGAAGGGCGGAGAGGUAUUGCUGAGGGGAGCAACGGAAACAACGACAACAACAGCAGCAGCCCCCUCCUCGCCAACGCAAGCAGAGGCGCUACUACAGUAGAAACAGCGGAGCGCCCUCACAGCUUCAACAUUAGAGAAAUUCGCAGAACUCCAAGAAGUUUCAGGGAAGUCGUAGGUCCAACCCGAAUCGACUAACGUCAUCAUCGUCUUCUUUCUAGGUAACCGGUGAGCAAGUGCUUUCACUUCUACCAGGUACUCAACGAGCACUCGAAGCUGCGGGGUGACCGUCGGUGGUUUCAGAUCCGGUUGCAAUUUGGUCGUCGGUUGCCCAGAGACAUAGCGGAGAGGGAUUUGAUGGCCCAAUACGACCGACCAAUGGAAGCCGCAGAUAAUGAGCGGACUUUGGAAACAGUGACUAUGGAUGAUGCCGGCUAAUCAAGGAGGACACCCCAAAAGUUCACCCCACCAGUGUGUUACUUUUCUACUACGAAGUAAAACUUCUUCUAUCUCUUGCACAGUCCCUCAAUCUGUAGAAGCAAUAGACGAUUUUCAUCUGUCCCUCUGCCUCUAAUCCCUCUCGCCUUAUGCAGUGGCGACAGCGAAAGGAGCAGCCUUCGCACCCCAAGCGUCAUGGGACCUGGAUUUAUCGUCGCCCGUCAAUUGGCGGCAACAGGUGGAGCACGCAGCCUCCAAGAUGGUUUCCGCGUUUCCCACCACAAAAACAUCAAAACAGGACGGUGAGAAUCGCUACGUGAUAGGCUUUUGACAUUCAAGCUCAACGUCUUUUUUCUGAGGCAAAUAGACACAGUCUUACAAGGAGACCUGGGCAAGCAAGUGGAAGAAGGAGCACGUGCUAUAGCUAUACUUGCAGGGUGAGAAUCGAAAAUACAUCUGAUGAAGUACAGAUUUAUAUUCUGUUGAAUUCAGUGAGGAUGCCAGGUGGCCGCGAAGGUGCGAG